AUGGAUCCCCAACGGUACCAAGAGCGCAGCGGCAUUCAGCUAGCGUCCGGCCAUCGCCACUGCCAAAGCCAGGAAAUUGUUGCCAGCCACGGCGGACAGGGUUUACUCCACAAGGACUAUAUCGAGCAGUUCCUGCGCGUCCACCAGAUCGACGUCUUCAAUCUGCCGUUCCAAGGUGCCCCACGACUCCAGAGUCCAGAGGUACUGAUUCUUUUUUUUUUUACAAAAUCCAUACUGGUAAGAACAUUUAUUUGGCUUGAAAUGCAUUCUAAGCUGUCCCAUCUAAACCAAAGCAUUAGGAGCAUCAAAGCUGACUACAAAUAUGUUGAACAAAAGGAACAUGGUAAUGUUAUGUUAAUACUGAAACUGAAACAUUUUGGUUUUGGUAUGAAGCCCUGUCUUCAGAACUGGAUAUAUGGACUUGGGAGGUAUGAACACACAGUAUCAGAUGGCGUAGCAAAGAUAAGCACAGUGGGAUAUCAAAGGGCAUCAAGAAACCAAAAUGGGAAAUUAAAUGGCAUAAGAGGAAAGCACUGCUGGGACCGGAAGAAAGCUAACUGUAAGACCUAUGGAAUAGAUGUACCUACCAAAUAG